AUGUCGGAGAAGGAGAUCUGCGGGAUGAUGACGAGAGCCGCUGCGAAACGAAAGGCGAUGGCCACGGAGGAGGAUGAGCGGGCUAACAAGAAGAGAGUGGUGCUCGGUGAGCUUAUCAAUUCUUCCAAUGUCACCAUCUUACCCAAUCUCAAUAAGAGAAUUCAGAUCUCGAGACCCAUAGAGACUGUUACUCCCCCAGCGAAGCUGAGAAAGUCAGCUCCGGUUGCUUUGGCUGUGCCUGCCGUAGAAUCAGGAUCUGACAUCGAUGCUCGAUCUGAUGAUCCCCAGAUGUGUGGGCCUUAUGUAGCCGACAUCUAUGAGUAUCUCCGUGAAUUGGAGGUGAAGCCAAAACUGAGACCUUUACCGAAUUACAUCGAAAAGGUUCAGGAAGAUGUCACAGCAACCAUGAGAGGCGUUUUGGUGGAUUGGUUAGUCGAAGUUGCUGAAGAAUACAAACUCGUCUCUGAGACACUUUACCUCACUGUCUCUUACAUCGACCGAUUCUUGUCCUUAAGAACUGUCAACAGGAAGAAGCUUCAGCUCGUCGGAGUUUCUGCAAUGCUUAUUGCAUCGAAGUAUGAAGAGAUAACUCCUCCUGAUGUUGAAGAUUUCUGUGACAUCACUGAGAAUUCAUUUACGAAACAAGAAGUGGUGAAGAUGGAGGCAAACAUACUUCUUGCGCUUCAGUUUGAAUUAGGAAGGCCUACAGUCCAUUCUUUUAUAAGACGGUUCACAAGUGUUGCUCAAGAAGUGCCACACUUGCAGCUAGAGCCUCUCUGUUGCUACUUGUCAGAGUUGACUAUUUUAGAUUACAAAGCUGUGAAGUUUGUGCCUUCUAUGUUGGCUGCUUCUGCUGUCUUUCUCGCUCGCUUCAUCAUCCGUCCCAAACAACAUCCUUGGAAUCAAAUGUUAGAAGAAUACACAAAGUACAAAGCAGCUGAUCUACAAGAGUGUGUUGGAAUCAUACAUGACUUGUAUCUGAGCAGAAGUGGAGCUUCUCUACAAGCUAUCAGAGAGAAAUACAAGCAGCAGAAGUUCCAGUGUGUUGCGACCAUGCCUGUAUCACCUUCUCUGCCAGUUACCAUUUGGGAGGAUGUUACCAUUUGA